AUGAUGCCGGCGCUGGGGUCCCCUUCGGAUGCAUCCCAAAACGCCUCCUCCGUCCACUCUCUCACGGCGAUGCAGCCCGAUCUCGAGCCGGCGCACGGCCGAGCCGCUCGUUGGCAGCACGCGCUCUCAAGCUUCGGCCUGCUCCUCACCGGCCGGCUUGAGCUCCGGAACGAGAUCCUCUCUGCGCUCUCCGUGCACACAAAGACACCGUUCCAGCCGCGUGAGUCGCAGCGUGAGCACGAGGUGUGGGAGGAGCGCUACUUUGUGCUGACGCGCAAGGCACUGCACUACUACAUCCGCGCGCGCGGCGACCGCUCCGGCAAGGACGGCAUGUUUGGGAAGCACGAAGGCACCAUCGGCUUCAACCGGAUCGCGGCCGUCGUCGAGGACGCCGCCAACCGCGAGGUGGAGCUGGAGGACAAGUACUCGACCGUAGUCCGCCGCUCCCUUGACCACUUCUCGUCGUCGGGAUCGCUCAAAAACAUCCCGUCGUUGAUCGACUUUCGCGUGCCGCCGCCGCCGCACCUCGACUGCGCCCACGACUCGCUCUGCGUCGCUCUCGAGGGCGGCGGCCUCGCGCUCGCGCCACUUGAGGCCGGAGAGGCAGGCUCCGCGACCGUUGCAGUGCAGCCGCCCGUGCUGCUCCACUCUCACAUCCGCCUGUCGCCGUCGCUGCCGCCCGCCGGCGCGCCGGUAGCGCCUGCGGGUCCUGCGGGCGGGAGGACGGGGGCGCAGCUGCCUCCGACGGCCGGAGAAGCGAAGCCGCUGCGACGGGCGCCGGCCACGCCGCCGCCCUUCUUGAAGCGGCGAGCGCGCUCGCAAAGCAGCGACGACGGGACGGCUGCGGAGGAGGAGGACGAGGGGGAGGUGCAGGAGCUGCAGGUGGACGCGCUGCUGGCGGACAUGUGCUCCGAGGAGCACUCGGUGCUGCACGAGGCGUGCGCCGCCUUCCGCGCGGCAAUGCAGCCUGGCGAGGCGGGCCUCGUCGCGGACCUCUGCGGGCAAGGCACCUGA